AUGUCAGCUUCAACUAUAGUUAAUAUUCAACAAAACCUUGAUCGUUAUGGAUUAUCGACGUUAAUUGUAAUGGCUCCUUCAAUUACGAAUUGGAUUUUAAUUAAUACAUCGUUGAUCUCUUCAGUCUACGAUGUUGAUCAUAUUGAUCCACAACAUCGAUCCAUUGUUGUAUGUAAACUGCGCUAUUGCAGUGUUGGUCUAUCUAAUAACUACUGGUCUAUAUCCUGCACUGCACCCGUUGCACAACGUAAGAGUCAAAUGCAAUUGACUGUUGAAGCACUUGCUGGAUACAUUGUUUGUCCAAUAUUAAGCUAUAUUUAUUGUGUUGCUCAAUUCUAUGUUUACAUGAAUUGCUCAGAUAAAUUUCGCAACAAUUUCAUACGUUUAAUUCGUUGGCAACCUGCCCAUUAA